UUGAAAAGUAUAGAUAAAAUAUAAAGAGAGAGAAAUAGAAAGCAUUAUGAAACGAGAAUUGGGGUAACCGUGAUCUGGUACUCUGAAACGUAGUGAUGAAAGUCUAGGCCUUUUAAGUUUGAAAAUUAAUUGUUUGUGUUGCUUUCAAGUUAUAACCAUUGAAAAACAAGCUAAGUAGAGUACUUGUUAAUUGUUGACCCUACCAAACAUCAGUCCUCACUAUCCACCACUUCUAUGCUCACUUUCACAUUUUCCUUAUUUUCUAUCAUCCUCCCUCUAUCAAUUCGCUAAUUCUGUAAUCUACUACAAAAAUAUCCAUCAAAUGAUGGGGGGUCGUCGAGAUGCUUUGAUGAAAAGCGCCAGCAAUAUCAGCAAUCAAUCACUUAGGGGAUCUCGGAUUGCCAUAGCAAUUGCAAUUGGUAUUUUUAUGGGUUGUGUUUUCGCCUUAUUUUACCCUCAUGGUUUCUUCCAUCCUUAUCCUUCUUCCACUUCCAGUACCACCCGCUUCUCCCAGUCUACUAUGCAGGAUUGUGAAUCUGACGAGCGAAUCAAUAUAGUGAAGGCCGAUGUUGUGAGGUUGACAGAGAAAAACGCCGAGUUAAGGAAGCAAGUAAGGGAGCUGAAUGAGAAAUUGAGGUUGGCUGAGCAGGGAAGAGACACUGCCCAGAAGCAAUUUUUGGCACUCGGCAAGCAACCCAAGGCUGGGCCUUUUGGCACUGUCAAGGGUUUAAGGACGAAUCCAACUAUUGUACCAAAUGAAUCUGUAAACCCGAGAUUGGCGAAGAUCUUGGAGGAAGUUGCUGUUAGGAAGGAGCUAAUUGUUGUGUUGGCAAAUUCUAAUGUGAAAGAUAUGUUAGAAGUACAAGUAUCUACCAUCAAGAAAGCUGGAGUAACCAAUUAUUUGGUCGUCUCUUUGGAUGAUGAAAUAGAGACUUACUGCAAAUCCAAUGGUGUGGCGUUCUAUAAGCGAGACCCUGAUGAAGGGGUUGAUGCAAUUGGCAAGUCUGGGGGCAACCACGCUGUUUCCGGAUUAAAGUUCCGAAUUCUAAGGGAGUUUUUGCUGCUUGGUUACAGUGUUCUUUUAUCGGAUGUCGAUAUAAUAUACUUGAAAAACCCAUUUGAUCAUCUUUAUCGCGAUUCAGAUGUGGAGUCGAUGACUGAUGGUCAUAAUAAUAUGACAGCUUAUGGGUAUAAUGACGUCUUUGAUGAACCGGCAAUGGGUUGGGCUCGAUAUGCUCACACAAUGAGAAUUUGGGUUUAUAAUUCCGGCUUCUUUUACAUUAGGCCAACAAUUCCUUCCAUUGAGCUUUUGGAUCGUGUUACAGAUAAGCUUUCUAAGGAAAAUGCGUGGGAUCAGGCAGUUUUCAAUGAAUUCCUAUUUUAUCCGUCUCAUCCAGGAUAUGAAGGGCUUCAUGCUUCUAAAAGGACCAUGGAUUUCUACUCGUUCAUGAACAGUAAAGUUCUAUUCAAGACUGUGCGGAAAGAUCCUAACUUGAAGAAGUUUAAACCAGUAAUCAUCCAUAUAAACUACCAUCCUGACAAGCUUCCAAGAAUGAAAGCUGCUGUCGAGUUUUACCUAAACGGGAAGCAGGAUGCUUUGGAUUCUUUUCCCGAUGGCUCUCAAUGAUGAAGUCAACUAGUACAACUUGGCUCGUAUUCAUCAUUUUUGUCACGAAUACAUUGAUGGGCGUAGCGGCACGUGCACAAUAUUGUCUGCCUGUUUUGGAGGUAGUUCUAGGGAGAUGCUAAGAUUUCUUUGCUUGCAUGAUUAUGUCCCCUUUGCUACUCCUUUCUAAGGCUGUAACUUGCAUCAACUUGUAGUUUAUGUGUAUGAGUUUACUAGUUGUUAAAAUGCACAUGUUCAACAGCUAUGUCUUUUAAGUUGGUCCUUUUGGUUGUGUAUUUAGAAGUAUUGUUUUGCAGGUCCUUAUUGUAUGAGCAGAGAUGUAGUAAUACUGUCUUCUAUUUUGUUAACUAGAAAUUUAACAUUUCAUAGCUUCAACAUAGUUUGAGGGGUUUGAUGUACGUAAUUAUAUACUUGAUGGUAAUAAAGAGGUUUAGAGGUUUAUCCAUGUAACUCUUAAUAGCAAACAUAAUCUAUAACUUCAAUUAAAUAUGUUC